CCGCCUCCCUCCCCCGCAGCUGGGGCCAGCGGUGCCAAGCGCAGCUGGACUAGCGGCAGCAGCUGGGCGAGUGACAGCCCCGGCUCCGCGCGCCGCGGCCGCCAGAGCCGGCGCAGGGGAAGCGCCAGCGGCCCCGGGUGCAGCAGCGGCCGCCGCCUCCCGCGCCUCCCCAGCCCGCAGCCCGCGGUCCCGCGGCCCCGGGGCCGGCACCUUUUGGGCUCCGGCUCCCCGCGCGCAAGAUGGCUGACCCGGCUGCGGGGCCGCCGCCGAGCGAGGGCGAGGAGAGCACCGUGCGCUUCGCCCGCAAAGGCGCUCUCCGGCAGAAGAACGUGCAUGAGGUCAAGAACCACAAAUUCACCGCCCGCUUCUUCAAGCAGCCCACCUUCUGCAGCCACUGCACCGACUUCAUCUGGGGCUUCGGGAAGCAGGGAUUCCAGUGCCAAGUUUGCUGCUUUGUGGUGCACAAGCGGUGCCAUGAAUUUGUCACAUUCUCCUGCCCUGGCGCUGACAAGGGUCCAGCCUCUGAUGACCCCCGGAGCAAACACAAGUUUAAGAUCCACACGUACUCCAGCCCCACGUUUUGUGACCACUGUGGGUCACUGCUGUAUGGACUCAUCCACCAGGGGAUGAAAUGUGACACCUGCAUGAUGAAUGUGCACAAGCGCUGCGUGAUGAACGUUCCCAGCUUGUGUGGCACGGACCACACGGAGCGCCGCGGCCGCAUCUACAUCCAGGCCCACAUCGACAGGGACGUCCUCAUUGUCCUCGUAAGAGAUGCUAAAAACCUUGUACCUAUGGACCCCAAUGGCCUGUCAGAUCCCUACGUAAAACUGAAACUGAUUCCUGAUCCCAAAAGUGAGAGCAAACAGAAGACCAAAACCAUCAAAUGCUCCCUCAACCCCGAGUGGAACGAGACAUUUAGAUUUCAGCUGAAAGAAUCGGACAAAGACAGAAGACUGUCAGUAGAGAUUUGGGAUUGGGAUUUGACCAGCAGGAAUGACUUCAUGGGAUCUUUAUCCUUUGGGAUUUCUGAACUUCAGAAAGCCAGUGUUGAUGGCUGGUUUAAGUUACUGAGCCAGGAGGAAGGCGAGUACUUCAAUGUGCCUGUGCCACCGGAAGGAAGUGAGGCCAAUGAAGAACUGCGGCAGAAAUUUGAGAGGGCCAAGAUCAGUCAGGGAACCAAGGUCCCGGAAGAAAAGACGACCAACACUGUCUCCAAAUUCGACAACAAUGGCAACAGAGACCGGAUGAAACUGACCGAUUUUAACUUCCUAAUGGUGCUGGGGAAAGGCAGCUUUGGCAAGGUCAUGCUUUCAGAACGAAAAGGCACAGAUGAGCUCUAUGCUGUGAAGAUCCUGAAGAAGGACGUUGUGAUCCAAGAUGAUGACGUAGAGUGCACUAUGGUGGAGAAGCGGGUGCUGGCCCUGCCCGGGAAGCCGCCCUUCCUGACCCAGCUCCACUCCUGCUUCCAGACCAUGGACCGCCUGUACUUUGUGAUGGAGUACGUGAAUGGGGGCGACCUCAUGUAUCACAUCCAGCAAGUCGGCCGGUUCAAGGAGCCCCAUGCUGUAUUUUACGCUGCAGAAAUUGCCAUCGGUCUGUUCUUCUUACAGAGUAAGGGCAUCAUUUACCGUGACCUAAAACUUGACAACGUGAUGCUCGAUUCUGAGGGGCACAUCAAGAUUGCUGAUUUUGGCAUGUGUAAGGAAAACAUCUGGGAUGGGGUGACAACCAAGACAUUCUGUGGCACUCCAGACUACAUCGCCCCCGAGAUAAUUGCUUAUCAGCCCUAUGGGAAGUCCGUGGAUUGGUGGGCAUUUGGAGUCCUGCUGUAUGAAAUGUUGGCUGGGCAGGCACCCUUUGAAGGGGAGGAUGAAGAUGAACUCUUCCAAUCCAUCAUGGAACACAAUGUAGCCUAUCCCAAGUCUAUGUCCAAGGAAGCUGUGGCCAUCUGCAAAGGGCUGAUGACCAAACACCCAGGCAAACGUCUGGGUUGUGGACCUGAAGGCGAACGUGAUAUCAAAGAGCAUGCAUUUUUCCGGUAUAUUGAUUGGGAGAAACUUGAACGCAAAGAGAUCCAGCCCCCAUAUAAGCCAAAAGCUUGUGGGCGAAAUGCUGAAAACUUCGACCGAUUUUUCACCCGCCAUCCACCAGUCCUAACACCUCCCGACCAGGAAGUCAUCAGGAAUAUUGACCAAUCAGAAUUCGAAGGAUUUUCCUUUGUUAACUCUGAAUUUUUAAAACCCGAAGUCAAGAGCUAAGUAGAUGUGUAGAUCUCCGUCCUUCAUUUCUGUCAUUCAAGCUCAACGGCUAUUGUGGUGACAUUUUUAUGUUUUUCAUUGCCAAGUUGCAUCCAUGUUUGAUUUUCUGAUGAGACUAGAGUGACAGUGUUUCAGAACCCAAAUGUCCUCAGGUAGUUUGGAGCAUCUCUAUGAGAUGGGAUUAUGCAGAUGGCCUAUGGAAAAUGCAGCUGCAUAAUUAACACAUUAUCAAAGUCCUCUUACAAUUUAUUUUCCGCAGCAUGUCAGCUAAGUAGACCCAAUGGGGAGAGAAAAUGCCUGCUUUCUCUCCCUCUUUUUCUGCACUGCCAUAUUCACCCUCAACCAUCCAAUCUGUGGACAAUUGGAUGUUAGCGGUACUCUUCCACUUCCGGGCCUGAAGCUUGGCUUGUAUCCAAGUGUAUGGUUGCUUUGCCUAAGAGGAAUCCCUCUAUUUCACCUGUUCUGGAGGCACCAGACCUUGAAAAGAACAUGCUCAAAAUAAAAUGUUAUUUGUUAUUUUUGUAAACUCAAAGUUAAGAUGAUCAAAGUUCUAAAAUUCCAAGAAUGUGCUUUUAGACGGUCUCAAUCUAAAAGCACUUCAAGGGGUCAAAGGGCAACCAGCUUGGGUGCUACCUCAGUGUUGUAGUUUCUGAUACUUUAUGUCUUUGCUCACCCUCAUCCCCAAACUACUUGAAAAGGGCAUUUGGCACCACUCCCUGAAACAACACAGUCACUCUAGCAAGGCGCCCAAAGGGCCCUGGUUUUACAUUACAUUUCAAACUUUAUUUGCUUUGGGGUUUUGUUUCUGUUGUUGUUCCAAUGCAAAAAAAAAAAAAAAAAGAAAAAAAGAAAAAGAAAAAGAAAAAGAAAAAAGGUGACUCACAUUGUUACACAUGCUUUAAAAUAUGUGUUCAAAUGUUAUUAACCACAAUGACGACCUGCUUUGAUUUAACCAAGAAGAUGGCUGUGAAGCUUAGCAGACUCAGGCCUGUGGGAAUGGGAUUUGUUACAAAUCUAGGUUUGUUACUGGCUUUAGAAAGCUAAUUAAAUGCUCUGAAAAAGACACCGUUUCUUGAAACAAAGAUGGUUGUAUUCCUCACUUUGAUGUUGUUUUGCAAGAUGUUUGUGGAAAUGUUCGUUUGUAUCUGGAUCUCUGUUAUGUGCCAUUUUUCUUCUAGCAUCAAGAUACAAUAAAAAAAAAAAAGAAAAGAAGAAGAAAUACUAUUUCAAGGAAAACUGAUCUUUUUGAAAAACAUGGACCUAAACUACAAAGUGGGAACUGAGGAGGGAACUCAGGAGAAAGGAACUAACUGCGGAGCUUUAAUCUUGGCCCCAGUGUUCAGCCACUCGGAGGGGUGGGGGCUGUGGCCCAUUCAGGGGCUGCUGGUGGCCUGUAGUGGGGUGGGAUGACCUGGCCAGAGCCAACGAGGAUACUGGAGCCCAAAGUCAAGUUUAGAGACCAGCUGGGAACAUGAAUGGGGCUUUUGAUUUUCUUAUCAAAAUCACCACUCCUCCCAGCUCGGACUAAAUAUUCUUUCUAGUAAGCAGCUUUAUGAGCUCCCUGAAGCCCAAGGAAACCCUUGGGUGGGAGAAAUUUCAUUUCUGUCUGAGCAGAUUAAGACAGCAGGUGACUCCUCCUCCUCACCUGCCAUGUCCUGCUAUUCUCAGGCAGCUCUAAGGAGAAUUCUUAUCACAGUUCAAGUGAUUUCCAGAAGUUCCAGGGCUUCUGAGAGACCAUCAAGGGAACUUUAACAACUUGACAAAUGUCCUUGAAGUAAGAUGUCUCAUCUUUAGGGAAAAAUGGGGUUUGGAUUUCUGCUUAGGCAAAGUCUCCUGCAGUUCAUCCUUCUCUGUCCUCUUCUUGCUUCAGGCUUGGGGACCGUCCCUACUGUCCCCACUGUGGUGGCAAUCAUGACCUAAGGUAAAGCAAACUUGAAGUUCUAUCUGACAAGUUUAGGCAGUAAGAGAAGGAGGGAAAUCGGAGCAAAGCUCCCUCACUUUAUUGUUGAGAAACUGGCAUCUGGAAAGAAGAAGGAACUUGCCCAAAGUCAGUCAGCUGGGAUAAAAACCUGGGUGUCCUGAUCCUCAGUGCAGGGCGCUUUCUGCUCUGUAGCAAGGCAACAGGCAUCUUUGAGCCAGGCCCACAAACAGGCCCUUAUCUGGUGGUUGGAUCAUGAUCCUAGAUGAGGGAUCCCAUCCCAUUUUGCUUGGACAUGCUCUCAGGAAGAUAAAAACCGUGGAGAAACACUAGGCCAUUGACAAAUGAUCUGAGACAACUUUAGAAAACAAUGUGGGAUGGCUGGAAAGAGAAAGAAAGAGAGAGAGAGAAAGAAAGGAAAGAAAGAAGGAAAGAAAGAAAGAAGAAAGAAAGAAAGAAAGAAAGAAAGAAAGAAAGAAAGAGAAAGAAAGAAAGAAAGAAGAAGGAAGGAAAGGAAGGAAAGAAGGAAGGAAGGAAGGAAAGAAGGAAGGAAAGAAGGAAGGAAGGAAUAUAGUGUGUAUAAAUACUGCACUCAACAUUUUCCAAAUUCUUGCCAUUAUUUUUAAAAAGUUUAAUAGUUUGCAGAAAUACAUACUCAAGCCAAAGUCUGUUUUAGAGAAACUUUCCAUGGAAAGUCAGAAUUUCUACCACUUCCUUUUCUAUCCAUAUUUCCAGUGCAGAAGAAACUGAGAAACAGAGCUUUUUGAAGAGAGGACAGGGCCAUAGCCACAAGGGCCUUCUUGGGGGAUUAACAGGAGGUCAGUAGAAUUAAUAACCCUCCUUGGAUGAGUGCUACUGUUCUCACGUAGCUUCAGAUGCUAUCAACCUUAAAGAAAUGAUCUCAACAGAGAGGCUCAUUCUCUCUCAACUUCUACGGUAAAAUCCAGGAGUAUUUUCUCUGGGGAUCUGCCCACAGGACAAAGUCCAUAAAAGCAAGUCCUGUCUGGAUCAUGUGGUUACCUGAAGCAUUAGCCAUCACCAGCACAAAAAAUGGGGCAGGGCUUUCCAAGGUGGGGCUGGUCAGAAGGGAAUCUUUGCUAAGAUUCCCACAGGCAGGGAAAGCGAAAUAGGGUUGAUGAGACCAGGGGAGAGCUAAAAAAAGGCAGCUUUGUGUCUUCUAGCUCCAAAUAUACCUGCCUUUUAGCUCACACACUGUCCUGGAGUUCUCAGACCUUUAGGGGCCCUAACACAGUUCAGUAUAUACAGGGGUUCAAAAGGGACAGUGGCCAUUUGGGAGACCUUUAGGAUCAAUGGGAAUAAAUUCCAUUGUUUUGCCUCAGAGUAAAGUUUCUGGCUCGGGGGUAAUUAUAAAUUGCAAAAAGGAUAGAGGCAUAUCCCAAGUCUUCCUUCAUUCCACAAAUAAUUACAGACAACCUACUGUGUGCCAGGCACUAUUCUUGGCAUUGGAAAUACACUAGUGAAGAAGCAGAUAAGGACCCUGUUUAUUGUUUCUCUCCAAGAAAUUCUCCAAGGAUAUUGUUUCUUGGCGAGAGAUAAUAAAUAAACAAGACAAUUUCUGAAAGCAGUAAGUGCAAUCAAGAUAAUUAAAGGAUGCUAAAGUGUGACUUGUGGGGAUUGGGAGAGAGAUGCACAGACAAUAUUAAAGAGGAGGCAUUCGAGCUUUGUUGUGAACACCGGAAGUAACUCGCCGAGCACCUGGGGGAUGGAAACUCCUAUAGCACCCCACAGGCUAACAGCAGGCAGGACAAGACAAACAGGGCAGGUGGGACAUGGUAGAGAUAGACCCCACCCAGGAAACAGCUCCAUCAGCACCUCAGCCUGCUCCACUCUAGCCACACAUGCCCACGUGUACUCCUGAGACCAGCGUGUCCACCUCACUCCCACACCCUCACACAGACACGGCAAGAGUAAGGAGGGAACUCCAUAGGGACAUUUUACCUAUCUCAGGGGAGCAGCCACAAAGACGUAAGUCUUGUAAAAGAUGUUUUGUAAAGGGGAGUGAACCCAGCAAUGAGAGAUCCUUAACAGCUAGUGCCCAUUAGGGGGCUAAACCUAAAGCCUGGGUGGUUUUGGCUCAAACGCUAAUGAGUCAGUGAAUCCUUACCGAUCCCCUGGCCUUUAUAAUCUGAGGCAACUUCGGCUGCAGCCUGGGAAUGUGCAGGGCACUAGGGAAUCCAAGGCCUUCUUCCCUGGUUGUCUUGUAAUAAAACAGCCAUCGGGUUGUCCCUCCAGUCCGAGCGACUGAGAUGAGGCCUACGUAGCAGCGAUGUGGUCAGGUAAAAAUCAGGAACCCACUGAAAUCUUGGGCAAGCCACCCUGCCUGCUUGUGCCUCGGUUCUCUCAUAUGUCAUACAUAGGAGGUGAGGACUCCAGCUCUACCUGCCCCAGGUGGGUGUGGUGAUGAUGAGGAAAGACAAGAGGCUUGCAAGGACCCUGAAGAGGUCGGAGCAUCAUACAGAUUCCUUUAUUAGCCCACAUUCUGAUGUUCCCUGGCGAGAUUUGCCCCAAGCAAUUGCUAGUAAACGGGGCUUAAUUUCUUCUCCACCUCCCUACUGAACAAAAAAAGAAAUGCCAGACUUACUAGGAGAAUCGGGUUGCUUUGAGUUUCUUUUGUUUUGUUUUAUUUUGUUUUAAGGCUCCCCUUACACACCCUCCUUUAAGUUUUGGGCUUUCUCUCUUACAGUUUGUUGACUAGAUACACGCUAAAAAUGUCUUUGGAGAGAACUUCUGCCUGAUAAAGACCCAAUUCUAGACUGUGGGUGGAUUUUCAAGCUGACAGUGGUCAAUUCCUUUCAUUAAGCAGUGAUCUGAUUUCUCCACAUGGCCAUUCUGCCUUCUUGGCCGCAGAGUAGAUGGGCAGCAGUUCACCUUUUCAAAGAAAGAGGUCUUCUAGCCACCUGGGCUGCUACUGAAUGGUUUUCUCCAGGAUGCUCUACCUAAUGAUUAUUUCUAUAACAUUAAGCAUGGUAAUAAGUAGCUUCCAAUUCAAUUCAUCCUAAAGCCAAAGAAAAUACAGCACCACACACACACACACACACACACCCCACUUUAUGGCAAUUCUUAACUGAAAUUCAAUGACUUACUUCUUUUCUUAGAAAAUUUCCACCACGUUUCUAUCCCCAAGCCAAUGUACAAUGUGAAAUGAAAGCUAGUACGUGGAGUGCAGCUGCUAAGAAUUUUCAGCACAGGGCUCUUUCUGACUCUGCUCAUGAGAUGGUAUCAGCCACCCAACGACUGGCGUAUCUUGGUCCUGUGUCUUUCUUCUUAUGCUGUGUUAAUGUGUUUACUUUCCAUUUGGCAGAGAGACAAGAGAGACACCUCCAACUUCGACAAAGAGUUCACCAGACAGCCUGUGGAACUGACACCCACUGAUAAACUUUUCAUCAUGAACUUGGACCAAAAUGAAUUUGCUGGCUUCUCUUAUACUAACCCAGAGUUUGUCAUUAAUGUGUAGGUGAAUGCAAACUCCAUCGCUGAGCCUGGGGUGUAAGACUUCAGGCCAAGCGUAUGUAUCAGUUCUAGUCUUCCAGGAUUCACGGUGCACAUGCUGGCAUUCAACAUGUGGAAAGCUUGUCUUAGAGGGCUUUUCUUUGUAUGUGUAGCUUGCUAGUUUGUUUUCUACAUUUGAAAAUGUUUAGUUUAGAAUAAGCGCAUUAUCCAAUUAUAGAGGUACAAUUUUCCAAACUUCCAGAAACUCAUCAAAUGAACAGACAAUGUCAAAACUACUGUGUCUGAUACCAAAACGCUUCAGUAUUUGUAAUUUUUCAAGUCAGAAGCUGAUGUUCCUGGUAAAAGUUUUUACAGUUAUUCUAUAAUAUCUUCUUUGAAUGCUAAGCAUGACUGAUAUUUUUAAAAAUUGUGAGUAAGCUUUGCAGUUACUGUGAACUAUUGUCUCUUGGAGGAAGUUUUUUGUUUAAGAAUUGAUAUGAUUAAACUGAAUUAAUAUAUGCAA